AUGUCACCUACCGAGUCCCAAGGAGAUGGCUUCGUCAUCCUGCCGGUGAAGCUGCCGGCUCUCCCCUCUUGCCCUAUUACCGCCCUCCACGAAAUCCGCGUCCGUCGGAAUGCGUCCAAGAUCCCGACCGAAAUCGACGACCGGAGUCUUUUCCUCAAGAACGUCCCCGUCGACAGUACCGAAGCCCACUUCCGCCAAGUGUUUGCGGCGCUCGUUGGACCUGGCCGUUUCGAGAGCAUUGCAUUCGAGAAUGAGCGGAAAACCACCACGGCCAUUGAUCCAGCCCAGGCUGUGAAGGUGACGGGCUUUGGCAAGAAGCGCAAGCGCGAUGAGCAGGAGGCAGAAGAGAGAGCAAAAGAGGAAGAGGUUGCCCGGCUGCCUGAAAUCUGGACAAGAAGGCUGCGGAAAAGCGGCAGCAGCGCCAUUGUUCUCUUGGCCGACGAGAAGAGCGUCGAACUCGUAAUGAAGGCCAUCAAGAAGACAAGCAAGUCCAAGAAGUUCCCUGUCUGGGGGGAAGGCGUUUCCUCCGACCUUUCCGAGCUCGGCUCGCAAUGGAUAACGGCGCAUAUGCAGCUGACACGCUGCGACAAGGCGGCGACGCAGAAGUCGGUACACGCCUUCUUCAACGUCUUCAACCGCAAGGAGAAGGAAGCUGCGGAGAUGGCCAAGAGGCUGCGCAACGAGCCGGACGAGGACGGGUUCGUCACAGUCGUCCGCGGCGGCCGUGUGGCGCCCGCGAACAAGAACGAGGCAGAGGAGGCCCGACAGAAGAUGGUGGACAAGGCGGAGAAGAAGAAGUCGGAGACGACGGACUUCUACCGCUUCCAGCUGCGGGAGCGCCGCAAGGCAGAGCAGGCCGCGUUGAUGAAGAGGUUCGACGAGGACCGGAAGAAGGUCGAAGCGAUGAAGGAGAAGCGUGGGAAGUUCAGGCCCGAGACAUGA